ACUGAAGAGAAUGAGACUCAGACUUUUUUAAAUCUUCAUAGCGAAGACAAUGAUCCCUUAUUCCUUCAUGCCAAAGAUUCUGAACAAACAGCCACCAAUAAAAGACAUUGCACCGAUGAGCCGGUUCUCGAGAGACAAGACAAAGAAAUGACAUCUCUUUGUAAUACUGAGAAGGCUCCUAAAAAGUCAGGACAGGAGCAAA